AUGGCGCUGGAGGAGCGCGCUCGUAAAAGCCGAGCGGCUUUUAUGGAGUGCGGCAUAAACAACAACAACAUCCCCGGCUUGAUGGCGCUUUAUACAGCCGCCGGACGCAGGAGGGGGAGGCAAACCUACAGCCGCUACCAGACGCUGGAGCUGGAGAAGGAAUUUCUAUUUAAUCCCUACCUGACCCGCAAACGGAGGAUCGAGGUCUCGCACGCCCUGGGGUUGACAGAGAGGCAGGUCAAAAUCUGGUUCCAGAACAGGAGGAUGAAAUGGAAAAAGGAGAACAACAAAGACAAGUUUCCCAGCAGCAAAUGCGAGCAGGAGGAACUGGAAAAACAGAAAAUGGAAAGGGCCCAGGAGGUGGACGAGGAAGGGGAAGCACAGAAGGCGGACAAGAAAUAAAGGGAUUUUUGAGGACUGAAAGGCGAGCGCUGCCGGGGUGGAGGAGCCCCCCGAGCCC